GUGUGUGGCUGGCUGGGUCUGUUUUUAAAUUUCGUGUGCAUCUAACUGCAAUUGCAGCUGUAACUGUGCCGUCGAUAUUUUCUCUCUGUGUGUGUGUGUGUAAAAGAAAAUGAGUACGGAUACAACCACGGAGCGGGUCAAGCCCGUGGAGACUCUGGUGUUGGCCAACUAUGCGCUGAAGGCAGAACAAAAGCGCGCUGCCGGCCAAACGGGCCGCAAGGAGGAUGAGCGCAUCACCACCGCCGUGAUGAAGGUGCUGGAGGGCUAUGACUGGAAUUUGGUGCAAGCAUCUGCCAAGGCGCCCACUGAUCGCAAAAAGGAGCACAUCAAACGUCCCAUGAACGCAUUCAUGGUCUGGGCUCAGGCAGCGCGUCGUGUGAUGUCCAAGCAAUAUCCGCAUCUGCAGAACUCUGAGCUGAGCAAGUCGCUGGGAAAACUAUGGAAAAAUCUGAAGGACAGCGAUAAGAAGCCGUUUAUGGAAUUCGCCGAGAAGUUGCGUAUGACACACAAGCAGGAACAUCCCGAUUACAAAUAUCAACCUCGACGCAAAAAGGCGCGCAUUAUGCAGCAAUCAGAGCCGGCAGCAACAGCAGCCGCAACUGAUGCGCCAACCAGCAGCAGCUGCAACCAACGACGCACCGCCAGCAGUGGGCAGCGCCGCCUGCCCAAGUGCAACAACAAUAACAGCAACAACAACAAUAAUAGUAGCCUAACUUCAAGCAAUUCCAGCAGCAGCAAUCUUUGCGCCAGCAAUGGCAGUCCAGGCGCAGAUGUCUUUAGCAACGAAGCCUUUAUGAAGUCCCUGAACAGCGCUUGUGCAGCUAGCCUGCUGGAACAAGGUCUCGGCAUGAGCAACGGAACAGAGCGCGCUCUGCUGGACUCGCCCUGCUCCACGGCCAGCUCGUUGUCAUCGCUAACACCGCCUGCCACGCCCUACAGCGCCAAUGGUAAGCCCACAACGCAGUGCCUGCCCAACAACUCCAGCUUAUUGCUGCGUCAGCUAAGCGAGCCAAGUGCCGCAGCUGUGUCUUUGCCCGGGAGUACGGAUUAUGGCGUUCUGUUGGAUGCGGGGCGUGAGUACAUAGCGCUGGGUGAGCUCAACUACAAUGGGCAGGCGACAGCUGUUGCUGCUGCUGGUGCUGGCAUGCAGGAGAUGGAUUUUCUGGAGAAUAUAAAUGGUUAUGCUUAUGGCACGCGUGGCAGCUACAACAACUAUGGCUACAACGCCAACGCUGCUAAUUUUACUGAGCAAUCGGUGGUGGUGAGUGCUGUUGAUGGCGGCAGCGGUGGUGGCAGUUCAGCUGCGGGCACGUCACACGCCAAUGGAGCGCUAAAUUACUUGGCCACGCCGGGCAAGUCGGCUGCCGACAUUGAUCCCAAGGAAAUCGACCAGUAUCUCAUGGAUCAAAUGCUGCCCAUGGCGCAACAUGUGCCACUGGUCGGUCCCAGUGCUGCAGCUGCCUCACAUUCGCCGCCACUAAAUUCAUCCGCCUCGUUGUCCUCGGCCUGCUCCAGCGCCAGCUCGCAGCCUAUUGAAUGCCUGGCCUCGCCCAAUGCUUACUACGAGCACAUGAACUAUGCGACGACAGCACAAAAUAAUGCAUAUGCGCCAGCCAAUGUGCACUAUGUGCCAAACUCACAGCAGCAGCAGCAGCAGCAACAGCAGCAGCAACAGCAGCAGCAACAGCAACAACAGCAGCACCAGCAACAUCAUCAUCUCUGGGGCACUUAUGUGAAUCCCUAAGCUGCUUAAUUUGCGCAUUUGUAUCCAUGGCUUUUGCUGCUGACCUUUAUGGUUCAAUUCAAUGGCUUUCAUUUAUUGGUUUAUUGUCGCUCUCCAUAUAGAUUGUGCGCAAUCGAAGCUAAUUUAUCUAAAAGGACAACAUUGUCGUAGCAUUGGCUAUUAUGAUGGCCAACAGCGUUCGUUUAUUUAUUCCAUGGCAACAUA